GUCCCGGAACCUUUAAUUUAAACGGAAUGUCACAUUUCAGGCACGGGAAUAGCUUUGCUGCUAACCACGUCCACUGUGUGAGCUUCGCUGAUGAGUCCAGCCAGACAGCGCUCUGCUGUGGUGAUGGUGGCCGUCCCGACGGUUCUGGGAAUAGCCUCUAUCCGUGUGUACACAGUGAAUGAAGCUCCCACUGAUGGGCUGGUGUCUCGAGGAAAGCUGAACGUGUACACGCCGCUGCCACAGUCUGCUCAGGGUAAGUUUGUUCCAGAGAGUCCGGGGACCAUUGAGAGAGGGAUCACAACAGCCAGAGAGAGCGUACUGCCGGUUUUCCAGGCUGUGAAGGGCGCCUGUAUCUCUGUGAAAAGGGGGAGUGUGAAUCUUUACCAUGCCGGAGAGGACUUAUUCUAUUACUUGAAAGACCCUCCUCCGGACUUUCUACCCAGAUUUGGGACCAUCACCAUGGCUGGACUACUUGGCAUGUUCCUGGCACGGAAAGGAUCUCGUUUCAAGAGGUUAGCUCUUCCGCUGGGCCUGAUGAGCGCAGGAGCCUCUGUCUGUUAUCCGGCACAAGCGGUGGCUGUGUUUAAGGUGACGGGUAAAAAGGUGUACGCUGCAGGGCAGUGGAGCAGCGCUGCAGUGUCUUCACUAUUUGCCUCCAAGGAGCCUCUACCCAAAGAGACUGCUGUUUCGCAGCCACAGUCUGCUACAGUGCCAAACAAGUCAGCGCAGAGUUCCACCGUCUCAGGGACAGAAGUGGAAUCAGCUGAGACUGACGCCGCUGUCGCAUCGAAGGAAAUGUCACCAGUAACACUCACAGAAAUAUCCACUACAGAGACCAGCACAGAUCCACUGACAAAUGCUGUGCCAGCAGAGACCUCCCCUCCCUCUGAGGAACAACCGUCCCCUGUGGCGGAGCCCACGCUGAGCAUACAGUCUGCUCCUUCGUCUGAAGAAACAUCUGCUCCAAAGGCAGCAGACGGGCCAGCAGUGCCCCACGUUGAAUCAGCUGAGCCCGAGUUAGCUAGCCAGCCACCUGCUGCAGCCUUGGAGGAGACGCCGACUCAACAACCUGCAGAAGGAGGCAGCAAAGAGGGCUCCGAUUUCAAGGCAGACCCUUCUCUCAUGGACUUCGGCCAGUCCAACCCCGAGGAUGAAGACCUGUACAGCACACGCAGCUGAGAGACCGCAGACAGCCGCAGAGAGAGGCCUCAUUACCGCACUGCCAUCUCACUUUUCCUCCAGACUGACAUACACUCAUUAUGCGGUGUAAAUAGGCCUUUUUGCACGCAAGCUCAGUUAGAAAUACUUUAAUCAACAUUUCCAUUCUCAUUUUGUCUGCCCACAUCAGUUAUAUUUCCACAGAAAACAUCCAAUUUGCAUAGCAGCAGCAAUCAAACGGAUUCCGGUACACAAAACUGAAUCGGUUUGCGUGGGAUAGAAACUUAGAAAGAAAAAAAAAAAAUACACCCACUAUUUUCAAGCUUUUUCAAUCAUAAAUGGCAGAUUGUGAAAUUCUCUUUGUUUGUGUCAUUUAAGAAUUACUGGCUCUUGAGCUGCAGCUUUCACAGACACGAAUGCAUGGUGCUUUUAUUUAUUAUAAUUUAGCCCAGGCUGAGAAUUCUGUACAUGUGCUGGUAACGAUAACAAGAUGGACUGGUGCCGCGCUGCUUUGUUGGAAAAUCGUCUUCACUUGUUAAUUAAGGAUCUCGAAAUAAAUCUAUAUUUUUCAUGAAUUCA